AUGCCAGUAUCUAUUAACGAUCAGGCGCCGCAUGUCGUCCUCGAGACGAGCAUGGGUAAAAUUGUUCUCGAGCUUUACUGGGAUCACGCACCACGAACGUGUAAAAAUUUUUCACAGCUUGCUAAACGUGGAUAUUACAACGGAACAAUUUUUCACAGGAUUAUCAGUGACUUCAUGAUUCAAGGUGGAGAUCCGACAGGAACAGGACGUGGCGGAGCUUCGAUUUAUGGCGACCGUUUCGCUGAUGAAAUCGACGAACGGUUGAAACACACUGGUGCCGGUAUUCUUUCAAUGGCUAAUGCUGGGCCGAAUACUAAUGGCUCUCAAUUCUUUAUUACUUUAUCACCAACGCAACAUUUGGAUGGAAAACACACAAUUUUUGGACGAGUUGCCUCUGGAAUGAAGGUUGUUGCGAAUAUGGGAAGAGUAGACACUGAUAACCAUGAUCGCCCAAAAAUCGGAUUUUCUCCAUUCUUUCAUCCACCACCGCCCCAUCCAUUUUGGGGGCCACCGAUGUUUGGACGUGGACCACCGAUGUUUAGUGGGCGUGGGUUCGGCGGUGGAUUUGGCGGCGGACCUGGCGGUGGAUUUGGCGGCGGACCUGGCGGUGGAUUUGGUGGAAAUGGCGGUGGAUUUGGUGGAAAUGGCGGCGGAUGGGGAGGCGGUGGCGGUGGCGGUGAUCGUGGAAGUGGCGGUGGUCGUGGCGACGGUGGUCGUGGAGGUGGCGGUGGUCGUGGCGGCGGUGGUCGUGGAGGUGGCGGUGGUCGUGGCGGCGGUGGUCGUGGAGGUGGCGGCGGUGGUCGCGGUGGAGGCGGUCGCGGUAAAGGCAAGAGAUAA